AUGUUAGCCACGUUGAAUCAAUGGCAGCCUGAUACUCUUUCUAGUAAUACAGUGCAAAAACCAAAGAAUGGUAGUCAUUGCCAUGCCAUUACCACUCGGAGUAGUAAGACCACCAUAUAUCCACCUAUUCCCACUGUAAGUAGGCCAAAGAAUAAUGAUGAUCAUGCUGAUAUUGAUGAAGCACCUAAAGUUAAAGCUGAGAGAUCAUCAGAUGUUAAGAGUAGUAGUAAGAAGGAUAAAGACACCAUUGAUGAAGAAUUUGAUGUAGUGACUAUUCUAAUUGAAGAGAGGCUUGGUGUUAAGGCACUAGCAAUAGUGAUUAUGAAUCUUGAUAGUAAUAGAAUAAAGGAAUAUGAUGAUAUGGAGGUGGUAAAGAAAGAAAACAUUAAGUGGGUGGAUGCUAGUGUUGUUUAUCCCAUUGCUGAUAGCAAGUGGUGCUACUUUAUGGUAAAAAAAGUAAUUGUGCUUGGGCACAAAAUCUUGAAAAGAGGCAUAGGGGUUGACAAGGCAAAGAUUGAAGUGAUGGAUAAGUUUCCACCUCCAAUUCUAGUCAAAGAAAUUCAAAUCGUUUUAGGCCAUACUGGUUUUUACAGGCGAUUCAUCAAGGAUUUCUCGAAGAUUGCUAACACUUUAUGCAAGCUUCUAGAGAAAGAUGUGAAAUUUGAUUUUGAUGAGGCAUGUCUAAAAUCUUUUGAGUUCUUGAAGGAACGGCUAGUGUCAGCUCCUAUCAUAGUGUCCCUUGAUUAG